AUGAUUAUCUUAUUACAUUUUUUGAUAGAAAAGCCUUUUCUCUUUUUGGGUAAAAUGCCACUUGUGGUGGAGACAAUUCUCAGAGAACCAGCAAAAGUGCCUGUAUUAUUCAAAGCAUAUCCCCUCCCAGAGGUAAAAUGGUAUAAAAACGGAGAAGCCAUUGUUGCAAACCGUACGGUGAAACUUGGUUACUCUUUAAUUAUUACUGAAAUGAGUGAAAAAGAUGCUGGGAAUUACACCGUUGUACUGACCAAUCCCGUUAACCAGCAGUGUGAGAAACACACCUUUCAUCUGGUGGUAAACGUUCCACCUCAAAUUGGGGAGAAUGCUCUUCUGACAUCUGUGGAUUCCUACAAGCAUGGCUCCACCCAAACUCUUACGUGUACAGUGUACGCAGUUCCAAUGGUGACCCGCAUUCAGUGGUCCUGGCAACUGGAAGAAGAAUGCACUUUCAAUCCACACCAAGCUGGAAUUGGGAAUAAUCCUUAUGCAUGUAAGAAAUGGAAAAACAUAGCAGACCGAAGAGGUGGAAAUCAGAUUGAGAUCUUAAAAGAUCAGUUUGUUGCUAUUGCUGGGAAAAUGAAGACGGUGAGCAGCCUCACGAUUCAAGCAGCAAAUGUGUCCACCUUGUACAGAUGCGUAGCGAAUAAUAAAGCUGGAGAAGGUGAAAGAAUCAUGUCAUUUCAUGUAACUAGAGGCCUUGAGAUCAGCCUUCAGCCUCAAGGCCAGCCUAUUAAGAAGCACAACGUAACUUUGCAAUGCACCGCAGACAAGCACACCUUUGAAAGCCUCACCUGGUUUAAAUUCAGCCCCCGAGUUUCAGAGACGCGCCUGGAUAGACUGCCUAUGCCUGUUUGCAAGAAUCUGGAGGCCCUCCAGAAACUGAAUGGCACCACCAUGAAGGCCGAUAGGGAGACGGUUACCCUGAGCCUCUUUCUCCAAAAUAUCAGCCCCCAAGAUGGUGGAGACUACGUGUGCAUCGCUCUGGACAGAAAGAGCAAAACUCGGCGCUGCCUUGUCAAACAUCUCACUGUUCACGAACCAGUGGCACCCACAAUUACAGAACACCCUCGGAAUCAGACAACGAACAUUGGCGAAACAAUAGAAGUUGUUUGCACGGCAAGUGGGAUUCCUUCCCCUCAUAUCGCUUGGUUUAAAAACAAUAAUUCUCUUAUUGAAGAUUCAGGUAUUGUCCUGAAAGAUGGGAACCAACGGCUCACCAUACGAAGAGUGAGAAAAGAAGAUGAAGGUCAUUAUAUGUGCCACGCCUGCAAUGUCCUGGGUUGUACAAAGGCAGAUGCAUUUUUUGAAGUGGAAGGGACCGAGGAGAAAACAAACCUUGAGCUCAUUAUUCUUGUUGGAACAGCAGUCAUUGCCAUGUUCUUCUGGCUGCUCCUCAUAAUCAUUCUCCGGACUGUUAAACGGGCCAAUGGAGGAGAACUAAAAACUGGCUACCUGUCUAUCAUCAUGGAUCCUGAUGAAGUCCCUAUGGAUGAGCAGUGUGAACGUCUCCCUUACGAUGCCAACAAAUGGGAAUUCCCUCGGGAUAGGCUGAAGCUAGGAAAACCACUUGGGAGAGGAGCAUUUGGUCAAGUGAUCGAAGCUGAUGCAUUUGGGAUUGACAAGGCAACUACUUGUAGCACUGUAGCUGUCAAAAUGCUUAAAGAGGGUGCCACACACAGUGAACAUCGAGCCUUGAUGUCUGAACUCAAAAUUCUUAUUCAUAUUGGCCAUCAUCUCAAUGUAGUUAACCUACUUGGAGCUUGCACAAAACCAGGAGGUCCACUCAUGGUGAUUGUGGAAUAUUGCAAGUUUGGAAAUUUGUCUGUCUACUUAAGAAGCAAGCGAAAUGAUUUUGUUCCAUACAAGACCAAUAACACCAGAUCUGGGCGAGGACACAGUGAUUUCACUGCAGACCUAAAGAAACGCUUGGACAGCAUUGCAAGCAGCCAGAGCUCAACAAGCUCGGGCUUCGGCGAGGAGCGAUCCCUCAGUGAUGUGGAAGAAGGAGAAACAACAUCUGAGGAGCCUUGCAAAGCUUCUCUGAGCUUAGAGGACCUCAUCUGCUACAGCUUCCAGGUGGCUCGGGGGAUGGAAUUCCUGGCAUCCCGGAAAUGUAUACACCGAGAUUUGGCUGCUCGCAAUAUCCUUUUAUCGGAGAACAAUGUGGUCAAAAUCUGUGAUUUUGGACUGGCUCGAGAUAUCUACAAAGAUCCAGAUUAUGUCAGGAAAGGAGAUGCUAGACUACCCCUUAAAUGGAUGGCCCCAGAGACCAUUUUUGAUCGUGUAUACACAAUUCAAAGUGAUGUGUGGUCUUUUGGUGUGUUGCUGUGGGAAAUAUUUUCAUUAGGGGCCUCACCAUACCCAGGUGUAAAAAUUGAUGAAGAUUUCUGUAGAAGAUUGAAAGAAGGAACGAGGAUGAGGCCACCAGAUUAUACAACACCUGAAAUGUAUCAGACAAUGUUGGACUGCUGGCAUGGUGAACCCAAACAAAGACCAACCUUCUCAGAUUUGGUGGAGAGCUUGGGGAAUUUACUGCAAGCAAAUGUCCACAAGGGUGGUAAAGACUAUGUUAUCCUCCCCCAAGUUACGUUGCUCCAUACCGAAGAAGACUCUGGACUCUCCUUGCCAAUGUCACCUGUUUCCUGCAAGGAAGAAGAGGAAGUACGCGAUUCUCAGUUCCAUUAUGACAGCACGUCGCAAACAAGUCAGCGUCGCACAGGAAGUAAAAGAAAUAGCCGUCCUGUGAGUGUCAAGACUUUUGAAUCUGUGCCCGUAGAACCAACCAUAAAAGUAGUUCAAGAUGAAAAUCAGACAGAUAGUGGGAUGAUUCUUGCGUCCGAAGAACUAAAGGCAUUAGAAGAGAAAGCUAAAGAAGCGGUGUUGCCCUUCAGUGGGCUGAUUCCCAGUAAAAGCAACGAAUCUGUGGUGUCUGAAGCUUCCAAUCCCACCAGCGGCUAUCAAUCAGGCUAUCAUUCAGAUGACAUGGACAUGACCAUGUAUCCCAGUGAAGAGACGGAACUCUUAAUGCUCAGGGACGAUACUUCUCAGUCUUGCUACGUUGCCUACGGCCCGGCUCUCUCUCUGAGUUCACAAUCUGUAUAAGGACUUCUCGAAAAAUGACAACCACUGGAACUUGCACCGAACAUUGCCUUGUCCUGAAACCCACUGUAUUCAUACCCAGAAUACAGGAGGGGAGAAAAAUAUGAAUCCCACCCCCCUUUUUUUUCUUUUUAAUGAUAAAAAGAAGAAGAAAUUGCAAGAAAGAAUCCUGGUGAGGCCAUGCAAGGCCUUGAGAGAGCUUGAAGUUAUAUCAGGCAUUGCUGAAAGUCAUAGACAAUCGUUUCAUCCUCAUUUUGAACCACAUGGACAUUGUGAAAUCUGAUAAGGAGGCCAUCUUCCUGUGCAGUUACAUGAAGAUGGAAAUAGGCUCAGUCAAAACCCUUUGAAUUUGGGGUUGGUCAGCAAAGAAAAGGUUUCAGAAAUGUGGUUGGUGGAGCCUAAGAAAAGGGCCUGACAAUACAGCCCCUGCUUUUACUAAAUCCUCUUUCAUGUUUAUCUCUUCCAUCGAAGGGCCCUUUCUUUCUAAAUCUAAUUCUUGUAGUUAAAAAUAAGCCACUAAAAGCUACUGAAGAGCAGGGCACCUAUUUUCAUGAAAAGCUCUGUUUUUAGUACCCAGGCCUUGAUGCAUUUUUGAUCCUUUCAAAGAAGGCUUCCUACUGAAAUGAACCUCUUGAGAGGUUUGAGAAAUGCUUAAAAAUUAGCAAAUAAUGGCAGAGUUUAGCAAAUUUUCCACCAAGGUCACCUAGAGCUCUAGCAAGAUGUGAUAUACACUGAAGGACUUUUCUUUACAGAAAGUACCAUGAAGCUAUUUUGACUAGUGUUGUUUUCGGUUACUUUUAUAUUUUUAUAUUCGUGGGUUUUGUACUUUGUUUAAUAUUUCAAGCAUAACAAAUCCAUGGAUUAACAAACAAACAAACAAAAAUCUAAAAGGCACAAUGCAGUAUUUAUAAUCUGGAUAUGUAGAAAGAAUUGUAAUAUAUUAUGAAAAUAAAUAAAUAAAUAAAUCUA